UAGAUAUUUAUAGAUUAUCAUGUCCUUACUCUUAUGUUUGUAGUUUUUUUAUAGAUAUUAUCUAUGAGUUCUAGCUUCGACCAUUCUUCUAGUGAAAGUGAGCAAUCAAGCUCUAGUAGUUAUAGUUCAGAUGAGACUCAGACCACACUCAAGAUGAAAAUCAUACCCAAUCCACCGGCAUCAUGGCAUCCACCAGGCAGUCUUCCUACCACAUCACGUAGCGGUAGUACAUCACAUGGCUCUGUUUCAGCUGGUCCUAGCUCAAGUCAAGCCACACAAAAGCAGACAAGGGGUCCCACAUAUGUGCAUGGUCAAUGGGGUACUAGUGAUGAUGGCAUUUUAAAAGUUGUUCCAAAUGAGUUGCAUCAAGUAGUUGAAGGACACACAUCCCUUGCUUCACAUUUGGGCGUAUUGGCACGAGAUGGGAGUCUUGCACCACUCACUUUUACGACUUGGCAUUAUGUUCCAAAACAAAACAAAGAUAACAUAUGGAGGGAGAUAAAGGUAUAUAUGGAUAUUUAAUAUGAAAUAAGUUAC